AUGAGACUGGGGGUAUUAUUCUUUUUAAUUUCGGUGGUGGUCUCGCUGCCAUUUUUCGAUGGCUGGCCACAAUUCAAUCUACUCAGCACGCAGCACAGCUCAACCGCAAAAACGGACGCUCUCGGACUCUACUCUCUUCACAAGAGACUGGUAAGAAUAAAUAGUGUCAGUUUCCAGGAACAGGAUGCUUCUGAAUACAUCGCCGAGUAUCUCAAGAGUCUGGGACUCACCGUCGAAACCAUAAGCUCCCAAGGACGCAACAAUGUCUACGCUUAUCUGGGAAAAACGAGAGAUACUAAAGUGUUGCUCACCUCCCAUAUCGAUACGGUGCCUCCGUAUAUUGCUUACUACGACGACGGAGACAAAAUAUACGGCCGCGGCUCGUGCGAUGCGAAGGGCUCGGUGGCUGCUCAAAUCACCGCAUUCACAGAGCUGUACGAGCAGAAUAAAGUGCAGGAAGGCGACGUUGCACUGCUUUUCGUUGUUGGAGAGGAGACUGGCGGAGAUGGCAUGUUGACUGUGGACAAGGAAAUUGACGCUAGUUGGGAGAUGGUUGUGUUUGGCGAGCCAACAGAAAACAAGCUCGCAGUUGGCCAUAAAGGUGUCUACUACUUCAAAAUUCAGGUUCACGGGCUUUCUUCCCACUCCGGUUAUCCAGAGCUAGGCAAAGACGCAAACAACGAGCUUAUUAAGAUAAUGUAUGAGAUCUCCACCACAGAGUGGCCCUCUGACGAGCUUCUGGGUCCUACGACCGUCAACAUCGGACUGAUAAACGCAGGAACAGCAGCAAACGUGGUCUCUCCAAUUGCCGAAUGCGAGGUCCUCAUGAGAGUCAGCGUGAAGUCUGACGAGAUCCAGAAGAUUGCCGACGACAUCCUGGAAAAAUACCAAGAUGUUGAGGUGACAGUCAUCCAAAAGGCAGACCCUACUUACCUUGACUACGACGUGCCUGGGUUCGACACCAUGCUGGCCGCCUAUUUCACGGACGUGCCUAAUCUUACACAGCGUGGAUUCAAAAGGUACCUGUACGGGCCAGGCUCCAUUCUAGUUGCCCACGGAGACAACGAGUACGUUACUCACGAGAGCUUGGAGGACGCUGUCGAGGGAUACAAAAGACUUGUCGCGUAUGGACUUAAAUGA